GACAAACAUGAGGAAAUCGAGAAAACAAUAAGGAAUCCGAAGAAAACAUCUUUACAAAGAAUCUAAUGUAUCAUCCAUCACGCAUCGCUUUCUGUAGGGAAAAUAUCCAAUUGCAUGGAUCCAACCACGGUCUGGAAUCAUGUCGAGGUGAUCAGUCCAACAACAAAAGACCAACACCGCUCCAAUAGGUUAUGGAGCAUGGAAGAGUCGCACUGCAUCGUCAUCACCUCAUCAUCAUCUCGAAGGAGGUGAAAGAGCUGAAAAGGGUGUGGCGCUUUGCCGAGUAACUUGCAGGCAGCCAUGGCUCCUCUGACUCCGAGAGUUGUAGUGCCGGUAGACGUGAAGAAGAAGCCCUGGGAGCAGAAACUUCCCCUUCACAACCGAUGGCACCCUGACAUACCCGCGGUAGCAGAUGUCACGGAAGGGGAGGUCUUCCGAGUCGAGAUGGUAGACUGGACUGGAGGUCGAGUUGGUGAUGACAACUCUGCCGAAGACAUCAAAUCCUUAGACCUCACAAUUACUCAUUAUCUCAGUGGCCCUUUAAGAGUGGUGGAUUCAAAAGGCAUUCCCGCCAAGCCUGGUGAUCUUCUAAUGGUUGAAAUAUGCAACUUGGGUCCACUUCCAGGUGAUGAAUGGGGUUAUACAGCAACCUUUGACAGAGAGAAUGGUGGAGGGUUUUUAACAGAUCACUUCCCCUGUGCAACUAAAGCCAUUUGGUACUUUGAAGGAAUAUAUGCAUACUCACCACACAUACCAGGAGUUCGAUUUCCUGGUUUGGCACACCCGGGGAUUGUUGGAACUGCACCAUCCAUGGAACUUCUAUGCAUAUGGAAUGAGAGGGAAAAGGAAUUGGCGGAAAAUGGCAUUGGAUUGCUGAAAUUAUGUGAAGUUCUACACCAACGCCCACUUGCGAACUUACCGACUGCCGAGAAUUGUCUCCUCGGAAUGAUAAAUGAAGGAACUCCUGAAUGGAAAAAGAUUGCAGAUGAAGCUGCAAGGACAAUUCCCGGAAGGGAAAAUGGAGGGAACUGUGACAUCAAAAAUCUCAGCAGAGGUUCUAAAGUAUAUCUACCAGUAUUUGUGGAAGGGGCAAAUCUCAGCACUGGUGACAUGCACUUUUCCCAGGGUGAUGGAGAAGUUUCAUUCUGUGGAGCGAUAGAGAUGAGUGGAUUCCUAGAACUCAAGUGUGAAAUCAUUAGGGAUGGAAUGAGAGAGUACCUGACACCAAUGGGCCCCACGGUUCUGCAUGUGAGCCCAAUCUUUGAGAUAGGGCCGGUGGAGCCGAGGUUCUCAGAGUGGCUGGUCUUCGAGGGAAUCAGCGUAGAUGAGGCAGGGCGGCAACACUUCCUCGAUGCAACAGUAGCCUACAAGCGAGCAGUCCUCAAUGCCAUCGACUACCUCUCGAAAUUUGGAUACUCCAAGGAGCAGGCGUAUCUGCUGCUGUCAUGCUGCCCCUGCGAGGGAAGGAUAUCAGGAAUAGUAGACUCCCCAAAUGCUGUAGCGACCCUUGCCAUUCCUACAUCCAUUUUUGAUCAGGAUAUAAGGCCAAGAUCCGGGAAAGUGCCAGCAGGACCGAGGGUGCUAAAGAGACUUCCGGAUGUCCUCAGGUGCACAUACGAUGGAAAUCUGCCGACGACACAAAACCCAUGCGGAAGCAUGUGAAUUCGAUGGGGAUCUCGGUUCAUGGUGUUCUUCGGAUUCUGCAUUGGCUCUUCAGCAUCCUAACUAUCAUACAAAUCUGUGGUCGUAGGCCUGUGUUCUUGGAGUUCUUAAAGACUACCAGUAUGGACAACUUGAAUGCCAUCUGCUGUCACUGAAUAAAUAGUGAGAUAGAUCGAAAUUGUUCCCAGAAA